GAAAAUUGUAUUGUAGAAGAAGAGUAUUGUCUAAAUUUGACUAAAGAUAAUUUGAAAAAAUACUUCUCUCAACCCGGAAAACUCUAAAAGUGUCCAUAUUAUGCUUUAUUCGGUGGAAUAACAAUGCCACAAGGACGCAGAAAAACGCCUUUCAGCGGAAAAGCGAAAAAAGAGCAACUCAAAGCUAAAAAGCAAUUUAAACAAGGGCCCAAUCAUAAUCCCAAUAGGAAUCCGUUUCUGCUAGAAGGUGAAAGAGAUCUCGGCGAAGGAUCGGGAAAUGUCGAAAAAAUCAAUUUCCAACCCACAAGGGAUGGUCGAUCGAAGCCCAAUAGAUACGCUCUGCAAUUCUACAGAGAAACCCAGGAAGAAAUAGUUAAACAAAAAGAAAUCGCUAGACAAAGCUUAGAAGUCAAAGAAGAACAGGAUUUAGAAAUCGAAGGAAGUCACUUUUUCAACACCGACUUUGAUUUCCCAAAGAGACCCCCGUGGGAAUUUGGCUUAAGCAAAGAGAAGCUCGAUCAGCAAGAGAAUCAUUAUUUCACUGAGUACGUGAGGAAUAUCGAGGAAAAGUACGAUUGGAAAGACUUGAGUCUGUUUGAAUUAAAUCUUGAAACAUGGAGGCAACUUUGGAGGGUACUGGAAAUGUCCGACAUUGUUUUGUUUAUUGUAGACAUCAGAUUUGCUGCCGUCAUGUUUCCACCUUCUUUAUACACUUACGUUACUAAAACGUUAAAGAAGGACUUUAUUUUAGUUAUAAAUAAGAUUGAUUUAGCUCCUCCUAGUCUAGUUGUGGCGUGGAAGGCUUAUUUCAAGGAACGAUAUCCAAAUUUGCAAAUUGUUCUUUUUACAACACUACCUGGCUACAAUUUAAUUGGAAAUCAGGGCAAUGAAAACGGUUUGCAAGUGCGCAGGCGUCGCGGGCGAAUUCGCAUGGCCGCCGAAGGAGCCCAACAAAUUUUCGAUGUAUGUAAAAAACUAGUCACCGGCGAAGUGGAUCUCUCUUCGUGGCAUACUAAGAUCAAAGAAGAAUGCUGCGUCGAAAACAGCGACAGCGACGAAGACGAUGAAGCCGUUAAGAUCGAUGAGAAAGUUAAUUUAAAAUGUGUGGAUACGGAUUACUUCCAGUACGAGAAAUACAACAAGGGGGUAUUAACGAUCGGUUGUAUUGGACAACCGAACGUGGGAAAAUCCUCGAUUAUGAACGCUCUAAUGGGGAAGAAAGUCGUGAGCGUGUCCAAAACGCCGGGGCACACAAAGCAUUUUCAAACGAUAUUCCUAACACCUACUGUACGUCUAUGUGAUUGCCCGGGUUUAGUAUUUCCUUCGAAAGUACCAAAACCUUUGCAGGUGUUGAUGGGAAGUUUUCCUAUAGCACAAUUGCGACAGCCAUUUACAACUGUAAAAUACAUAGCCGAGAGGCUGAACUUGGUUUCCCUACUUCGCAUCGAUCAUCCAACCAAUGAUGACACUUGGUCAGCGAUGGAUAUUUGCGAUGGUUGGGCUAAGAAGAGAGGCUACUACACCGCUAAAGCGGCUCGGCUCGACUCUUAUCGAGCUGCAAAUAGUUUAUUGAGAAUGGCUUUAGAUGGAAAAAUCUGCUUGUGUCUUAGGCCGCCUGGAUAUUGUCAACAAAAACAUGUAUGGGAGAACCAUCCAGAUAUUAAACUUGUUCAAUCAAUUCAAGCGAAGAAUGCCGAUUCUGCAUCUUACAGUGAAUUUAACGUUGCCAUUAGCGAUACGGAUGAUGAUGAGAUUCCAAAAUUACGCAAAAAACCUGAAACAAAAAAAUCCACGGAUGAGGAAUAUGAGGAUGAAGAUGAAAGUAGCGAAGACGAUGACGUCGAAUUAACUUCCAACAAAUUCGCUGCUUUGGGUACUAACGUGUGAAAUUAAAAUUGGUUAAAAAAUAAUACAAUAGUUCAAUUUGCUUAUUUAACAUUUAUUUAGGGAUCGACUUUUAAUAACUGAGAGAUCAGUUUUUAACGUUUAUCGAAGAUAAUUUUUACCAUUAAUCCGAAGAUCUAAUUAAAUUGAAAAAUUAUGACAAGAGUAGGACUAAACAACGCCUACACAAAUGAGUAUUUUCACAUUAUUACAUACAGUCUUAAGAAAAACACAAUCAAUUGAUUCCAAAACGAGGAAUGUAAGUGCAAAGGACCAACAAAUGAGUAGAUAUGAUUUUUUUUAUAUAUUUUACAAUUUUACUGUCCCUGAGAGUAGUUCCAUGGAUUCUGCUGCUGUUGUGUCCACAGAGGUGAUGUAUUGAAAGGACUGUAGUUUUCUCGUGCAUGUGGUAUUUGCGGUUGAAGACACUAAAAAUAAAAUUAAACAAUUUAUUAGUGAUGUUGUAUUACCUACUUAUAAAAGACAAGUUACAAAAGUAACUACAUUACUCACAAGGCGAAGACCAAAAAAAAUAGAAGAGAAAUUAGUGAGGUUACGUUCACAACUGUCAACUUAAAUUCGUAAAUAAUCACCAAACGUUGGCACGUGUUGCGAAAAUGGCAAAAACUAAGAAAGCAAACUUAAAAAAAGUUACAGAACCAUCGGAGCCCUCACAAGAACCACCUCCGACCAAACGAUUGUCAGAAGCGCCAGUGGAGAAAAAGAAAAAAUGGAUCAACAAGCAAAGAGUCAUGGUCUUCGCUUCGAGGGGAAUAAACCAUCGAGACCGGCACCUAAUGGAGGAUUUGAAGAAACUCCUACCCCAUCAUAAACCCGAGGCUAAAAUGGAGCGUUCCAAAACACUGUCCAUUAUCAACGAGAUGUGCGAAAUAAAAAACUGCAAUAAAGUUAUACUGUUCGAAGGUAGGAAGAAACGAGACCUGUACAUGUGGUUGUCGAAUGUUCCAAACGGACCUAGCGUAAAGUUUUUAAUCGAAAACAUCUACACGAUGGAUGAACUUAAAUUAACUGGUAAUUGCCUUAGAGGUUCAAGGCCAUUGUUGAGUUUCGACCAAGCUUUUAACGACAAACCUCAUUAUAAGCUGUUGAAGGAAUUGUUCACUCAAGUGUUCGGAGUUCCCAAUCACCAUCCCAAAAGCCAGCCAUUCUUUGACCAUGUCUAUACCUUCUCGAUACUGGACAACAGAAUAUGGUUCAGAAACUUCCAAAUACUUUCGGAAGAUGGAGCUUUAGCUGAAAUCGGACCUAGAUUUGUGAUGAAUCCGGUCAAAAUAUUCUCCAAUAGUUUCGGAGGAGUGGCGUUAUGGGAGAAUCCAAACUACAUCAGUCCGACUAAAUAUAGACAUCAGAUAAAUUUGAAAGCUAAAGGAAAGUACGUCAACAGAAUUCAACAGAAGGUACAUGCAGAAGCAACGAGACCUACAGACAGUUACAAACUGAAGCCUCUCGAUGACAUUUUCCGAGGAGAGGUAUUAGAAAAGGAGGAAAUUGAAAAAGAAGAGGAGCCAGAAAAAGAAACUAAGGUAGAGCCUACAGUGAAGAACGUGCCACCGAAAAAUAAGAAAACGAACAGAUCAGUUUCCAAGCCUAAACCUAAAGAGGGAGUUAAAAAAACUAUUACAAAAAAAGGAAAGAAAAAAAACAAAUUAUUGAAAGUUAAAUUAAAUGGAUUAGUUAAUAAAUCUAAAAACCGUCGUUAAUGUAAAAUCCUAUUUGUAAGAAUACAUAAAUGAUAAAUAAAUUGUUUCUUUUUUUGUCACCCAAAAUUCUAAUCGGUAAUUAAAUGAUAUUUUAGUUCAGUUUUAAUAGUGGGAGACCACUAGAAUUUUGCAUACUUACAUCAUCGGUUCGGGACAGGAAUUCAUCGAAAACGGGCGGUGUUGUGGUGGGCGUUCUGCUCGCAUUAGAAGUACAUUCGGGCGCCCAAGGUUGCCAAACCGACGACGAUCCCCACAAGUAAACGUUCGACGGCGUCGAAACCACCUCCUUGUCGUUAUUCGAGAAGGAAUUUUCGCCCAAAAGAGGACCGUCUCCCAAUAGCGAGUUUUUGUUCAACAGGCAAUUGUCUUCCAAGAGGGAAUUGGCGCCGUUCAAAAGGGGAUUGUCGCCCAACAGCGGAUUGUAACUGUCCCAAUAGGUACUUGUAUUUAACAAGUUUUGGUUCCAGGGGUCUGAAAAUUAAUGGUAAAAAUACGCUUUAAAAAAUGUACAAUUCAAUUGCGAAUAUUUACCCGUUUCUCCGUUAAUAUUUUCUUCUGAAGGAAGCAAAACGGAAACAAAUUGUUUGCAUUAAUGUAUGUAGUGUAAUUAAAAUAAUUUCAGAGAUAGUUGUGCACCAAGUUAUUGGAAAAGUAUCUUAAAAUUGUUGAAUAGUCCAUCAAAAUUUUAGAGAUAAUAUCAAUUGAAUAGAUAUUCCCAAAUUGGAGUCAAUUCAGAGCGCUCGGUGCGCACCAUCUCGAAAACAACAAAAACCAAAAAAGGCCUCACCUUCCAUAAUGGUAUUUCUAUCGGCGGCCGCUGCGAAUUCGGAGGUAUCCAAUACGUUUCCGAAGCUCUCGUGCGGAUUCCAACUGUUGGCGUUCAAGUCGUUGACGAAGCCGUUCUCCCUGAUGACGUUGUCCAAGCGGAUCGAAUCCGAAAAGUAGCUGUUGGCCCCGUCGCCGACCAGCAAAUUCAACGCGUUACCGUUUAACUCUAUCUUCCGUCUGCCGUUCGCCUCCUGGCCCGCUUCGGCCGACGAUCGCCUGUUGUCCGACCGUCUGGACCCGAUGGGGCCGAGCUCCGUCAACGAGGCCUGCUUGUAGGGCUCCACGAACGCCGCCGGCUUGGCGACGGCCAGCUUGGCCAGCGGCGGCGCCACGGCCGAACCGACCGUUUUGUUGGCGGGCGCGACCGAGUUAGGCUCGCUGCGCGCCACCACGUCGCUGAACUUGGCGCAGCUCUCGCCCCACACGGUGUUCACCGUGGUCGUCGGCGGCGGCGGCGGCAGCGGCACGUUGAAUGUCGGCGAGUUCUUGUUGUAUCGCUCGUGACCGUCCUGGGCGGCGUUGGCGCCGUUAUUCGCGGUUGUUAGAGUGGUCGCGAACGCGUUCGGCGGGUUAUUCGAAGAGUUUGAAACGCCCGAACGAUCGGCUUGCUUGAUUUUGUCCAAGGAUUUUCGGUGGUGCA